UUUUUAUUUGGUACUUUCUACGUAGAAUUUUAGAAAUAAGCCACACAUUGUUUUGCUACUGUAGUUACGUAACUCGCUCAUUAUUUUACUAUUAAAGUAUAUGACAAAUGUAAGAAUACUAUUUUUUUGUAAACUCACAUACUUAUUACGUACUAUCCACUAUCCUAAUUGAGUUAUAGACAUAACACUUAAAAUUGAAUUUACCCAUCAAUAUGAGCAGCUCAAAUUUUUCAAAAGAUACAGUGUUGCAACUAAGUGUGGGAAAAUUGAAUGGCGGUCAGAAUAAAUAUCCCAAUUAUAAAUCGAAUAUUAAGCGAUGGUUCAGAAGAUUAAAGAACUUAUCAAUUAAAAGGAUAAUCGUUUAUUUAGUGCUCAUUGUGAUUUUUUAUUUAUUAUACCCAACUACGCAUCACAAUCGAGUGCAACAAAACAAACCCGCCGAAGUAUCUUCAAGCACUUCAAGUACCUUGAAAAAUGCAACAGAAGAAGAUAAUGGUUAUGAUAAACAAAGCAAUAGAGAUCGUAAAUAUUUUACUCAUGUGUUAAGAAAAUUCAAGAAGAUAGACUAGUUAGAUUGGUUUGUACAAUAUAAAUUAUUAUAAAAAUUAUAUAUGUAAUAUACUAUGAACAUGUGUUUAAUAUUUUAAAUUAAAAAUUGCUUGCAAUUGGAGAAUAA